AUGUCCUCUCUUCGUCGCUUCGCCCAGACGAACGCUGCCGUCUCUGCAUCUCCUAGGGCAGGCGGCUCAACAAGUGCUUCUACCGCCGCAUCGCCCACCACCCCCGUCCGCGGUAACCCGACCACACCGCGUGCACGCCUCAUCUACCCAAUCUCUCCGGUUACUUCACCGUCGUUGUCUGCCUCCCAGCCCUUUGACUGGGAGGCCGCGAGAUCGAGAAGACCGCCACCAUACUCCACACCUUCUGGUAAGCGGAAAAGCAGGAGCAGCGAUGUAGGCACCCCUGGUAUGGGCACUCCUGGCAAACGUGUAGUACGCAAAAAGUCUCUCUAUGAUCGCAUCACCUCGAUACCGUCCCAAAUAUCCUUCGAAAUAUCCCAAUUCCCGAACAAUGUCCCCCUUCCAUCGCCUGAAAACUCGGCAUGGAUUAUCGGUGGUACCAUGCACUUCCUCCACCUCUGCGUGCGCGUCUCGCAGAUCCGCAGGGUCCCCGACUCUGACCUAGGAUGGGAAGACAUGUACAGAGAGGGCGAGGGCGAAGCGUGGUUUGACUGGACCGUCCCGAUGACCUUCAUACUCGUUUCCGCAUCCAUCGUAAACGCGCUCUUCCUCUUCACGCGCAUGCGCGUCUACUACCUCAACCUCGCCGCCGAGCCCGUCUCCUCCCCGCACGCCUCCUUCGUCAAGCGCCCCCGCACGCCCCACCGCGCGUCCUCCGAUGAGCCCGCCCCGCGCCGGUCGCUUCCCGCCGCCCUAGCAGCGUUCCUGGCCGCGUGCCUCUCCGCGCUCUGGCGCGGGCUGCGGGUGAGCGUGCGCUUUCUGCUGAACCUCAGUCCGCCGAAGGCGCGUGCGCCGCAGCCAUGGGAGGAGGACCAGCGCGUGCAGCAGCUCGAGGUAUGGACACCCGGCGCGCUCGAGAUGGCGCUGUUCGGGACGUACUCGCCCGUGCACGCGCUGCUGUGGAUGGCGCUCACGAGCGCGAAUUGGAUGAUGAUGUUCCUCAUUAUGUUCAUGGUCGGGGUGCAGACGCGUGCGCUAUCGCGCUCGUACGAAGCCAUGCUCAAGGACAAGGCUAUCAUCGCUGCGGAGGUGCUGCACGAGUACGACCAGAAGUUCGUUUACCCGCGCGUCAAUCCCAUUCGCAAGGACGCCUCAGUCAUGACGCACGAAUCGGAGAUGGUCGACGUUUGGGAAUGAGUAUCCAGUGCUGGGUCCCCAUCCAUGUUCUCGGAGCGCAAGCUCAAUUUCUUCACGGAGUUACUACCACGGUUCCUACAUAACAUCUCCCGCCUCCCACUCUCUCACAUAUGCCCGUUGCCCAAGACACUUGUCUC